AUGGAGGACUUGGAGCCUCUGUUGGCUGUGAGGUCUGAGGAGAGAAGGCUCAACGGCCACUGCACAUGGAGCUCUCACACUCAAAGCCUGGAGUCAAAGGUGGUGGAGGACUUCAGACGAAGACUGAAGUACUUCUUCAUGAAUCCCUGUGAGAAAUACAAGGCCAGGGGUCGCAAACCAUGGAAACUGAUGCUACAAAUAUUAAAAAUUGCAAUCAUCACAGCACAGUUAGUCUCAUUUGGACUGAGCAACGAAAUGAUGGUCACCUUCAAAGACGAAAAUCUGAUGACAUUUAGACAUCUGUUUCUCAAAGGAUACAAGGAUCAGCUGAUGGGACGCUACGCACUGUACACAAAAGCUGAUGUGUAUGAUCACAUCUACUACAUUAUCAACAGGUAUAUCAAUCUCCAAAAUCUGACAGUAGGUAAUCUUGCAUAUGAGAGCACUGAUGGCGUGCACACUCCUCUCUCUGUGUGCCAAGAGUUUUACAGAAACAGCAGCAUUGAUCCCGGCAAUGAGACCUUUGACAUUGAUCCACACAUUGAUAAAGAAUGUAUUUCCAUAUACCCUGCACUGUCCUUUCACAAUGGCGGUUUGGGGACACACAGAAACUUCUCUUUAGAUUUCAAAAGGCUGCUAUCAGUGAACAUCUACCUGACUCUGAAAACCAUCAAUCUGCAGACUGUGAGGCAUCAUGAGCUACCAGACUGUUAUGUCUUCAAUAUAAUGAUAAUGUUUGACAACCGUGCGCACAGUGGAAAGAUAAAAGUGGAUGUCAAAAAUGAUGUUACAAUUUAUGAAUGCAGAGACUGGAAUGUGGAAGGCACCUCCGGGAAGCUCGACUACCUGCUCAUAAUGUUUGAUUCUGUGGUCAUCCUUGCCUGCUUCACCUCUCUCAUCCUCUGCACGCGGUCUGUGAUCAAUGGCAUCCAACUCCAGUUUGAGUUCAACAUAUUCUUUCAUGCCUACUAUAAUAAAAUUGUGACCUGGUCAGACCGUUUGGAGUUUGUGAAUGGGUGGUAUAUUCUCAUCAUUGUCAGCGAUACAUUGACCAUCGCUGGGUCAGCACUCAAAAUUGGAAUACAAUCAAAGUACCUGACAAGCUAUGAUGUCUGCAGUAUUUUGCUGGGAACAGCCACAAUGUUAGUCUGGGUUGGCGUGAUUCGAUACCUUGGUUUCUUCAAGAAAUACAAUGUAAGAACAUCCAUAGAGCUUUUUUGUUUCGCUUUUUUGCAUAAUACAUUAGUCAAUCUGUCUUCCUUCCAGAUCUUGAUAUUAACUUUAAGGGCAGCAUUCCCAAACGUGAUCCGAUUCUGCUGUUGUGCGGCCAUGAUCUACCUCGGGUAUUGUUUCUGUGGUUGGAUCGUGCUCGGGCCUUACCAUGACAAGUUCCGAACACUGGAUAAGGUGACAGAGUGCCUCUUCUCGCUCAUCAAUGGGGAUGACAUGUACGCCACCUUCCUGAAGAUAAGAUACAAGGGCUACAUGGUGUGGCUAUUCAGCAGACUCUACCUCUACUCCUUCAUCUCUCUGUUCGUCUACAUGGUGCUCAGCCUGUUCAUCGCCCUCAUUACUGACACCUACGAGACCAUCAAGCAUCACCAGCAAGACAAAGCACCGGUGUCCCAGCUUCAGGCCUUCAUAACAGAGUGCAGGGACGAGCCUGAGUCUGGAAGAUACCAGACUGAUGAGGAACCAGCUUCUUGCUGCUUUUGUUCUUGGUGUUUUUCUGGAUGCAGUGAGAAGACGUAG